ACACAUGCACGUUUCUGGUAAAGGUAGGGAGUAAAGUUCAGGCUGGUCAAGAGGACAGAGAGAUCACCGUCAUGCCCCGGAGGAAGACGGAGGAGCCGGACGACACGACCACGAUGAAGACGCCAUCAUCUGACUCCUCCUGCUGCGCGCCCUGUAUCAGUCUGAAGGACAGAUGUCCUCGACCUCGGGGAAUCAUCAACCUGCUCAUCACCAAAGUCUGUUUGUUUGCUCUGCUGUUCGGAGUCGUCUGGUCCAUCACAGGAAGAGAGUGUUUACCUGGAGGGAACCUGUUCGGCAUCAUCAUCCUCUUCAUCUGCUCCGUGCUGGGAGGGAAGCUGGUGGGAAUGAUCCAGCUGCCCACACUACCCCCCUUUCCUCCACUGCUUGGUAUGCUGCUGGCGGGUCUGCUAUUGCGUAACGUUCCUUACAUAACGGACGCCAUCUUCAUUGACACUCGCUGGUCUGCAGCUCUGAGGAACAUCGCCUUGUCCAUCAUCCUUACCAGAGCUGGUCUGGGCCUCAACCCUGAGGCUUUACGUCGACUGAAAGCAGUGUGUGUACGUGUUGCACUUGGACCCUGUAUGGUGGAAGCCUGCAUUGCUGCUGUGGUCUCUCACUUCCUGCUGGGUCUGCCAUGGGUUUGGGGUUUCAUACUGGGUUUUGUACUGGCUGCCGUUUCUCCAUCAGUUGUUUUUCCUUCAAUGCUGCUCCUGCAGAGAGAAGGAUAUGGAGUGGAGAAGGGAAUCCCCACCCUCCUGCUUGCUGCUGGAAGCUUUGAUGUUAUUCUCGCUAUAACAGGAUUCUCUACUUGUUUGGGAAUCGCCUUCUCUACAGGUUCUACAUGGAUGAACAUACUGAAGGGUCUGCUGGAGGUGGUGGGAGGCAUCGUAGCUGGUAUGAUCCUGGGAAUGUUCUUGUGCUGCUUCCCCAGCAAUGACCAGGAGGAUCUGGUCUUGAGGAGGACCCUCAUGUUGCUGGGUCUGUCCACAUUUUCAGUCUUCUUCAGUAAUGUUAUUGGUGCUGCUGGAGCUGGAAGUCUCUGUACACUGGUGCUGGCUUUCCUGGCUGCACUGGGCUGGAAGACUGAAAAGGCACCAGUAGCAGAAAUGGUGAGUCGGUCAUGGGAUGUAUUUCAGCCACUUCUCUUUGGUCUGAUUGGAGCUGAGAUCACGAUUAAAGCACUCAGCCCAAGUACUGUGGGUCUGGGUAUGGCCUGCAUUCUUAUUGGUCUGGUGAUCCGUCUACUUGUCACCUUCCUGUUGGUUCAUUAUGGAGGAUUCAACUUAAAAGAGAAGCUCUUCAUUUCUGUGGCCUGGCUGCCUAAAGCUACUGUGCAGGCUGCCAUUGGCUCCAAGGCACUAGACAUGGCGAGGGAGGAAGGGGAUGAGGCCUUAAUUAAGUUUGGUUUGGACGUGCUAACAUUAGCGGUGUUAGCCAUCUUGACCACAGCUCCAGUUGGUGCACUGGGUAUCGGACUGGCAGGACCACGUCUUCUGGCCCGGCAGGUCAAAGCAGAAGAGACAGAAGGUGAAGCUACACCAUCUUACCUGUGAGAGUAUUACACCAUCUUAUCCACCUUAUUCUUCUAAUCAGAUAAUUGUUGAAUCAUUAUACGGCCAUAGGCCACAUUAUGCCUUUGAUUAAAGAUUGUGAAAUCAUUACACUGUUUUAUGAUGCAUUAUACUGCUGAGUUAUAAGAAAUGCUGUUUGUGUAGAAUCAUGGCCUUCCUUUUCUGAUUACAAAGAGAACAAAACAUACUGUAGAGUUUUUCUGCCCCAUCUCAUCAGGAGGAGAUAAAACAGGAAGCCAAGGCCGUCACUUAGACGUCCCGUCUGGACGUCUGUAAUGCUCAAAUUGUUGUAUGGAAUAAAGAGAUUUUUGAUUGAG